GAGGAAAGCAGCCACGAUGAUGUGUAGAUCUAGUUCAACACCCAAGAAAUGUGUGCAAGAUUUUGUGUAUGGCGCUAGUUUUAAUAUAUUUUGUUUUAAAUGGAGAUGUCCAAUGCUGCUAGACAGGCUGAUGAAAUUGAAGCCCUGACAGCCAUUUAUGGCAACGAGUGGUGUGUGCUGGAUGAAGCUUCAAGACAAUAUUGUGUUCAGAUCUCAGACAGGACAGACUCACCUAGAUGGGUUUUAAACUUACAGGUUCAUCUGCCAGAAAACUACCCCCUGGAAUCACCUCCAGAAUACCAAAUAAAUGCUUUUUGGUUGCGAGGAGCUGAAAGAAAAAAUUUAGAAAACAGACUGUCACAGAUUUACUGUGAGAACAUUGGAGAGUCUGUCAUCUUCCUUUGGGUGGAAGGGGUCCGAGAGUUUCUGCAGGAAAAAUCUGAUUUAGACAGCUCACCUGCAGGCAGGCCCACCAUCCAGACCACAGAAGAGGAGGAUCCAGAUUUUGAUCCCAGAAUAGUUGGGGAUCUGGAUUUUUUAGAUUCCAGCGCAUCAGGAAUAGAUAUUACUGAAGAUCAUUGCCCUGAUAUUAUACACGGCACAACACUGACGGACAGAAAAAGUACAUUUCAAGGACAUCUGGCCAAGGUGACAAGUAAAGCUCAGGUAUCUUUAGUAAUAAACAGACUGUUGCAGAACAGAAAAAUCGCCAAUGCUACCCACAACAUGUUCGCCUACAGGAUAGCCGACGGCUCUGGGCUGGUUUACCAGGGGUGUGACGAUGAUGGGGAAACACAGGCUGGCUCAAGAAUGCUGCAUCUGUUGCAGAUUGUCAAAGCAGAGAAUGUAUUUGUAAUGGUAUCAAGAUGGUACGGUGGAAUCCACCUAGGACCUGACAGAUUUAAGCACAUCAACAACUGCUGUAGGCAAGUGCUGGAACAGAAUGGAUUUCUCAACAAGAAAGAAGGAAAAAAGUCUUGACGAAGUGCAAUUACUGUAUUGUAGUUUUAGCGUGUACUUUUGUCUGUAAAAAAAUAUACUUAAAAAGUGGCUGUGAAAUAAAAUAUAUGAACUUAUUUAAUUGUUGCCUGUGACUGUUCGAGUCUUUUUGUUAUUUAAAUUAACUGUAUAAUAAUAUCAAAUAAUGAAUUUAUGGGUUAAUAAAUUGGCUACAAAUUAUUAAUGUGUGGAUUUAAA